UGACAUGCCAACUGCCAAGCAACUAGCUGAUAUCGGCUACAAGACCUUCUCUGCCUCCAUGAUGCUCCUCACUGUGUACGGGGGUUACCUCUGCAGUGUGCGUGCCUACCGCUAUUUCCAGCUGCGCAGCGCCAGGCGGCAAUUGGCAGAAGAACAGAAGACCUCAGGAGUGCUGUAGAACUGUGGGCUCUUCCUCCUGAGCAGUGUGGCCCAAGGCAGGAUGUGGAAGGACCUCACCCACAAGUCACCCACAUCAAGAACUAGGGCCAGGAUGUAUUUCAAACCCUGCUGGAUGAAACUGCCAUGGAUUCUAUGGUACUACCAGUUUGUGCCAGUUUGACACUUUGUGGAGGCUGUCAAAUAAAUGCAAUGUGAAGGUAUAUUACAGACAUUAAAUAUUUUACCAUGUC